UAUAGCACUGUCAAACAGAAUAACAAUGAAGUUUGAUACGUUGGUAUUACUUGCUACCGCAUGUUUGAAAUUGGCUGAUUGCCAUAGAUUACACCUUAAUGAGUAUAAUGAAAAUGAAUUAAUUUAUGAUCUGAUGGAUAGUAACGAUAGAGUCCCCACCAAUUUAAAAGAAAUCUGGGGAGAUUAUUGGCCAUUUCAAGGUAUAAAUACUUUUGCACAUCUUGAACAUCAUGAAUGUUUAAUUGAUAAUGAAAAGACAUUUGAUGUAGCACUUAUUGGAGUACCAUUUGAUACUGCAACAUCUUAUCGACCUGGAGCUAGAUUUGGACCUCGAUCAAUUAGAGCUGCUUCACAACGUCAAACUAGUUUAAGAGGAUAUAAUCAACGAGCUAAUUUUAAUCCAUAUACAUCAUGGGCACAAGUGGUUGAUUGUGGUGAUAUACCUGUUACACCAAUGGAUAAUUCUUUAGCAUUUACUCAAAUGACUAAAGGAUUUGAAGAAUUAUUAUCCAAUCGUAAAUCAACUAAUAAUUCAAAAGUUCCACCUAGAUUUGUUGCCUUGGGAGGUGAUCAUUCUGUUUUAUUACCACAUUUAAGAGCAUUACAUAAAAUAUAUGGUAAACUUAAUAUUAUACAUUUCGAUGCCCAUUUAGAUACUUGGGCCCCUGAUAAGUAUCCUUCAUAUUGGCAUACUAAUCAAUCUGAAGUUAAUCAUGGAUCAAUGCUUUGGAAAGCUCAUCAUGAAGGUUUAACCAGUCACCAUAAUAUUCAUCUUGGAUUAAGAUCGAAACUAUCAAGUAUUGCUGAUUAUGAAGAUGAUGAUUCUCAACAUUUUGAACGUAUUGAAGCUGAUGAUAUUUGGAUAAAGGGUCCUCAAUAUGUUGUAGAUAAAAUAUUAAAUACUAUUCCAAAGGAUACACCUACAUAUAUUUCUGUUGAUGUUGAUGUAUUAGAUCCUGGGUUUACUAGUGGAACGGGUACACAAGAACCUGGUGGAUGGUUACCAAGAGAAUUACUUUAUAUAUUAAGACAAAUUGAAGAUUUAUCAAUUGUAGGAGGAGAUGUAGUUGAAGUAGCACCAGCUUAUGAUAUUGCUGAAAUUACUGCAACUAAUGGAGCUCAAGUAGCAUAUGAAUUAAUUACUAGUAUGGUUAAAAAGGGACCACUUGAUCCUCUGCUUGUUAUUGGAACAGAAGAGCAAGUAGAAUUAGUUAGUAUUAAAAGUAAAUCAGAAGCUACUAAACCUUCAAAUCUCGAUAAACUUGAAAAGGAGCUUCAAGAUAAGAUUAAAGAAUUAGAUAAACUUAAAGAUCAGCUUAAUAGUGAACUUCAACAGUUAAAGAAUAUGCAAUCUGUAUUUAAAUUACAGUAAUUUACAAAAGAGUCUUAAAUGAUUUAAUCCAUAUUAUGUUUAUUAAAUAGAAAUAAUAACAACAAUAAUAAUAAUAAUAAUAAAAUAAAUGAUAAUGAUUACGAAGGAAACAAAUAAUGUUCGAGCCUCUAAAAGGACUCAUUUGGUAUAUAAAAUUGUAGUUUUAAAU